GGGAUAGAUCCAACCUGAAUCCCCGCCCAGCUUUAGUCACCAGCAUACAGACCGACGCGCAUUUAAUAGCAAAACGGAGCCGUGCGUAACAGUCCUGUGGGGACGUCUUACUGUGCUGGUGAAAAGAAAUCAGACCUUCAAACAGCACUUCCAUAUCUUGGUGAAAAGACGGAAAACUUGGAAAUUCAGCGGAGCUUAAACUUUUAAAAGUGCUUUUUGUAAGCAGGGAGUCUGCACUGCUAGACCGGAGUGUCGCACCGAGCCGGAGCCGCAAUGAGCUUCAGCGCGGCCGCUGAGAAGCCCUUUCUCUCCACCCUACAGCCCAAAUCCCCCGUCACCACCUAUGCCAUCCCCUCGGAGUUGCAGCUGGGAUAUGCCGGAUCCGGGGCGGACCAGGAGGCGAAGAAAAGCCGGGUGCAACAGCAGGUCCACCUGCGGAUGGCGGAGAAGUUCAGCAGCACCUUGCCGCAGAUGAACCGCACGGCUUCGUACACGACCACGGACUACGGCAACUCCACCUCCGUGAAAUAUGCCACCUACAAGCCCUCGUUCACCACCAAGUCUCAGAUGGUAUCUGGAAACCAGACUAUUAACAGGGUGCCACAGUACAGCUCGCGCUCUAUGGUGGAGAUGGACGCUCAUGGGGGUAACAGCUUCUACCAGAAACGAGCAGGGACCAUGUCCCCAGCCUCCAUGAGGCUGCAAGGCCAGUCACCGGGCUCCGCCUUGACGAACAUCGACUUCCUUAACGGCAACGUGGGGUACGACGGCGGCACCCCCCUCCAGCGCCAGUCCGCUUAUGGGGAGAACGGCUUCUCCAUGCAGUCGGCCAAGUCGGGCCAGAUGAGGACCAUGCAGCGGAGUCUGAGCGGGACGCUGAUCGGGAGUGGCAUGGUUAACGGCAACAUGGGCGGCAACAUGGGCGGCACCAUCGGCAGUGGCACCAUCGGCGGGGGCACCAUCGGCGGGGGCACCAUCGGCGGGGGCACCAUCGGCGGGGGCACCAUCGGCGGCAUGGAGCAAACCCAGCAAUACUCCUUCAAAGGCCCCGCCUUCCGCACCCUGACCCGCAUCAACCGCGUGUCCCGGCCCGGGCCUCCCCCAGUGCAGCAGAUAUCCUCUGGAGGCACCAUCCAGCGCUACUCAGAAGGCUUCACCAAUCAUGUGGGGCAGACGGUUGCGACGCCGCAGAUCCUGAUGCAGCAGCACAGUGGCUGCAGCCUCCCCCGCAGCGGCUCCGCGAAGAGCCUCACCAGCCUAAAGGGGGCCGACGUCUUUGAUGGCGCCAUGGACAAUGGACCAGGAUUUACUGGGCUUGACAUGGACACUGCAGUCUCUUACCUGAAUGCAUCGGAACCAGAAGUACAGGUCCAAGGCACUGCUUUCAUCCAGCACGAGUGCUACCAUAAGGAUCAGGCCAAGACCAAGCUGCGGGAGCUGAAGGGUAUCCCUACCCUGGUGAAGCUCUUCACCAGCCCGGACCUGGAGGUGCAGCGCUACGCCACGGGGGCCAUGCGCAACGCCAUCUACGAGAACAUGGAGAACAAGACGGCCCUCAUUGAAGCGGGGGGCAUCCCCCGGAUGGUGGAGGCCCUCAACGAGCCUGAUAGUGACCUUCGCAAGAACAUCACAGGGAUCCUGUGGAACCUGUCCUCCAAGGACAACCUGAAGGAGAAGGUGGCCAAGGACACCCUUCCCCAGCUGACCGAGAAGAUCCUGACGCCUCUCUCUGCUGGCAAGGACUCUGAUGACAGCCAGCAGAGUGCGUCUGAUGUGGAAAUCUUCUGCAACACCACAGGCUGCCUGAGGAAUCUGAGCUCCUUGAAUGAGAAGACACGUCAGCAGAUGCGUGACACCCCCGGGCUGGUGGAUUCUCUGGUGGGAUACAUCCAGGGCUCCCUCAAUGAUCUGAGCAUGAACGGCAAGGGAGUGGAGAACUCCAUCUGCGUCCUGAGGAACCUGUCUUAUCAGGUGUACAGCGAGAUGCAGCCCUCCACCCUGCGCCGGCUGGAAGGGCCGUCACGUUCUGAGGACAGAAACACCAACCCCGUCAUUGGCUGCUUCACCCCCCAAAGUCGCAAGGCCAAAAAUGCACUCAGCUCGGAUGUGUCGUUCACGGAGGUGGCCAAGCAGCCUAAGGGACAGGAGUGGCUGUGGCACCCCCAGGUGGUGCCGCUGUAUAAUAGUGUGCUAGAGAAGUGCCAGGAGAACGCCACCACGAGGGAGGCGGCCGCCGGGGCCCUGCACAAUAUCACGGGCGGAGACCAGAGGUGGGCGUCCGUGCUGAGCCGCGUCGCCCUGGACAGGGAGCGCUCUCUGACCGUUCUGGUGGACAGUCUGUGUGCCACUGACAGUGAUCAGGAGCUGCGCUCGCUCUCGGGGCUCCUGCGGAAUCUGACUCGCCAGUGCGGAAGCAAAGACACCAUGGUGACCAAGCUUGUGAGCCCCCUGGUGUCGCGGUUGCCGAGCGACGGCCGACAGAAGGAGCCGUCCAGCGAGGUGGUGAUCAACAUCUGCGGGGCCCUCAACAACAUGGUGGCAGUCAGCUCCAACGCUGCCCGGGAGAUUACCUACUGUGACGGGCUGCAGAAGCUGGUGGCCAUCAAGGACUCUAAUGACAGCAGCACUGGGAAGAUAAAGGCAGCCAAGGCAGCAUCCACAGUCCUUGGCAACAUGUUCCAGUACAAGAAGUUACACAAGGAUUACAAAGAGAAAGGGUACAACAGACCCGACUUCGCUGAGACCAUUAUGUAAACUAGGACCACCCCCCACCGCCCCACCCCUGCCCCAAAUGACUGGCCACGUUGACUCGAGCGCCACAGAGAAGUCAUGUAUAGAGGCCAUGUGGUUAUCCCAUGCGACCUCCCUCGGAGUUUGUGAUAGGCUGAAACCUACAGCCAGUCAACCAAUGGCAGCGGUGAAUUGUGCAGUCUGAUUGGGAGCUUCACUUCACAUGCAAAUCUGCUUUUGCUUCACUCUUCCAAGAAGAACAUAAUAAUCACCUUUUUUCUGUUUAUCAUUCACUUAAAAAAAAUCCUGAAGUUUAUUCUUUGGAGUAUUGGACUGUUUCACUGCCCCGACGGCCCAAAUGUGUAGCUGGUCCAGAGCAGCAAGAAAUCUCUCCACUUGCGAUGUUCUCAGUGUUUUUGAAACAUAUUGGCAGCUGGUAGUAAGGACUGAACCGGGCCGGACUUGGAGCUGUGAUGAAGCAGGGGCUCUCGUUGGGAAGCACCGUGCUGAUGCUGCUCUGAUGGAUGGCAGUUCUCUGCCUCCACUCCCCUCCACCUAAGCACCGUACUGUGCUCUGCAGCCGGCACCGGAGGCCCUUCUUACAGAACGCUGCCCUGCAUCCACUGAUCCAUCUACCGGCGCCGGGAAAUGAACGCAGGCCCGAGGACACAGGGUCUGAGUGCUCCUGCUGUCGAUGCUCAGUGACAGGCAGCCCCCAACGGCCCCACAAAGCCCUCCCCUGCUCGACGGCCUCAUUUGGGCCCGAAUCGUCAGUCCUGUAACGGCAUCGAUUUCUGUAAAGUGUUUGGGAAACUGAUUGCGUGUGCCUUAACUCUGUAAGUUAUAGUGUAAAAAUAUAAUACGUGCUAACUAAGUAUGAGAUUACUACUGAUGGUGGUGAGCUGGCAGUAAAAAGCCAAAUUUCAGAUGGUUUAGACUUGUGCAUAAGGGAUUGUUUUAUUUUUUUUUUAAGAUUUGUUUAGAAUGAAAAAUUAAUGUGAUGUCACACAUGCUGUGUUCCUGUCCUGUUGCAGGCAGGUAACUUUUAUUAUUUGCAUUUUAUUAUUAUUCACUGUCAGCUUGUGGUGACCAUAUAGGCAUUCCUCUGGAAUGUUCUGUCCCCAGUCUGGGUCUUCUGGCUUCCCAAAGGCAUGUUCAUUAUUGUGGUGAUUGAAUCCAUCUGUUUUAUCUCUUGUCCUACUCAUCUCUUACCUAGUGCCUGGCCUGCUUAAUAGUGCCAAAUAGGUUCUUCUCUAAUAUUGUAGUGGGUCUUUUUAUAAGGCUAUUCAUUAAAAUACAAAAUGUUUUUUUUUUUUUUUUAAAUAAAAAAUCUUAUUCGUAGUUUCACUGCAGUAUCUGUCAGACAAGUAUGCUGAUUUCCUGGUUUAAGUAAUCUGCAGCCAGGGACAUAAUUACAGUAUUGGCGGUGCUCCAUGCCGCUAUGACCCCCCCAGAGCACAACAUGGGCACAUCAGCAUACAUACACCAUGUACAUGCAAAUGUAAUGAUGGACUUGUUCUCUGUUUCAUUUUUCAUUUUACUGGCAAUAAUAAAGGCAUCUUUGGUUUA